AUACCAUCAACAGCGACAUCAAAACUCAUUCCGGCGAUUUCGCCAACAACCACUUCAACAGCAACAGCAACAGCAACAGUCCCUUCUCUCCUAGCCCUUUUUCGACCUCAUCGCCAGAACUUGCCCAUCAAGAUCAAUCGCCAUCCUCUCCAACGCACUCCUCGCAUUCCGUUCCUUACACCUUACCAAACAUGACCAAGCGUGAUCGCCAAGGUCCGCCACGACCGCUGGCUUUUGUGUUACCGUCUCCGUCCCGAGAAUCCUCGGUGCUGUCUGCAAGGACGUCUGAGAGAUUAAACACUGCCGAAGCAGAGUCGUCGACAACAGUGGGAAAGAAGUCAUUUUGGACCACACCGGGGAUGGCAACGUUUAUUGACUGGAUAACCGACCCACAGCACUAUACACGGCUACACAGCAAAUAUUCAAUAUCUGGUCAAAAAAUAAAGGAUUUGCGGAAAGAGAUCGCCAAAUACGUGAACGACGCGCACGCGCAUGAGAAUCUCGCAUGGACUGAUGAGCAGGUCAAAUCGAAGCUCCAAUAUGUCAAGCAGAAGUACAAGGAAGUCAAGAACAUGUCAUUGACCGGUGAAGGAGUCACUGGACCAGAAGAGAGCGAUAUACUUCGUGCGAGGCAGGAGAAGGUAUGUCCGCCCUUUGAAAGGCUUGAUGCUGUCAUGAGCUCGAGUUUUUCUGCCAGCCCCGCGUCAUAUCGGCAGUCGACGGCGAUGUUGGACGACAAAGUCGACGCGUCCGACUCUGAAGGCUAUCUCAGCGAGAUUGAAGAGUCUGAGGACAACGACGAUAUCAUUUCCGUCUCAACCUUUACGGUCUCUCAGGCGAACGGAACCAAGGAGGGACCCCCUAAGAAGCGUCAAAGGGUUAACAACACCAAUGAGGCAGCGGCCAUCCCAGCGUCAAUGCACGAGAUGAAGGAAACCGCGGAUAGGCAAACGUGGAGUCAAGAAAAGCAAAGGCGCGAACUCCGACAACGGGAGCAAGUGAUCGAGCAACGCAAAUGGCAGCUCAUAGAGAGAAUGCUGCGAAUUGAGGCGGAGGCGAGACAACGUCUUGAAGCAGAGCUCGUGGCCAAGAAGGAGCAAUUCAACAAGGAAAUAGCGGACGAAAAGGCGCUGUUCAAAAAAGAGAUGGCAGAGGAUAAGGCGCUGUUCAAGAAAGACAUGACAGAGGAGAAGGUGGCUUUCAAAAAAGACAUGGCAGAGGGGAAGGAAGAGAUUAGGAAGGAGAGAUUGCAGUUGGAGCAGAAGAGAGAACGCUACUACGAAUUGCUUGCCGAGAACAGGACUUUGAAGAAGGAACUGGAGAUGAGAGCAAUGAAAGUCUCGCAGACGUAAUGAGGGAUAAAAAAGAAUGAAUGGUUUAUUGCUGUUGCUGUUGCCUUUGGCGCUUGUAUUUUCCCUAUUCUAAAUCGGUUCCUGAGUACCUACGUCUUCAGUCUGUCCCUCUUUGCCCUACCGUUGUGCCUCUCGAGAUCAUCAUGGCAACCUCCCAUAUCUACCAUAGCUGGAACGUCGUCAUUCUCGGCUUGUGACGGUCCAUCACCUGCAAACACAUUCCAGUUGUCAUCGACAAUAUCGUACUCAUCCUCGUCAGGAUUCAUGAGUGCAAAAAUUAUGCAGAAUAAAGCAAGCCAUGAUCCAACUGGAUGCCCUGGAAAUAUCCCGUUUCUUCCUCACCUUGACCGGCCAAGUCUCUAGAGCGAUUGCCAUUUCAGCUUAAGCUAGCCAGAAGCAAGCAUGCUCGACCUUGACUCGCGCAGAUCCAUGAAGAAUG